AUGAUAACGGGUGGUAAUCGAUUAGAUUGCGUUAGUGGUAGUGGUGUGAGUCAGAAAUAUAUGCGCGCCGGAUUGGUUAGCACAAUGCCCAAGAAGCAGCAGCAGCAGUUGUUGCAGCAACAACAACAGCACCUAAAUCUCGCCGGCACAACGUCAGCAACAACGAAACCCAAGUACAGUUUAACGCUGUUAAAUUUGCAUCCUCACCGCAAAUCGCCACAUCCGCAUCUGCAGCCACAAUACGCAUACUACCAACAACAGCAGCAGCAGCAGCAACAGCAACAACAACAACCGCAACACAAACGCGAACAGCAAAGGCAACAAUUGUCACAAUCAUACUAUCAUCCGCCGCCACCGCCACGUCAUCAGUUACGUGUUUUGCGGCUAUCGUCAGCACCCACCGGCGCGCCAGAAGCCACAACAACAGCAAAUGGUACAACAACACGUCGCGAUGGCGGGGAUAGAAGUAGUGGUGAAUUUGCCCAACGUAAUUCCACACAAAUCGAGCAAUCGCUUAGGUUGACACCGACUACGCCAACAGCAGCAGCAGUAACAGGAGCAACAACAACUACAACAACAACAAAUACAAUAGAAAAACAUUUAGUUGGCACUACAAAUACAGUGGAGUGCGACGAUAGUAGCAGUGACAACUCGACAACAGCAACACCAACACCGGCUGGCGUAGCAACAACAACAACAGCAACCAGAGCAACGACGCCCAUAGCGGAAGCACCAACCGCAGGAGCAACGUCAAAUGUUUUACGAACAACGCAACAACAAUUACAACAACAAAAAGCAAAUAGGCUGUGGUAUCAUUGAUGAAAACCCAAUGGAUUUGAGCGCUUAUCUCUCUUUCUACGCAAAGAUAGCAGAUUGAAAGGAAUAUGCCAGUGAAAUCUAUACUCAGAAGUACAUACACACCCACAUAGAAAUUUCAUAUGCAGCAAUAACACAAGCAGCAGAAAGCAAUGCACUAAAAUCACCGAAAUAGUAGCAGCAAAAAGAAGCGAAUUUUACAGCAAACAAAAAAAACACUAACACAUGUAAGUUUUAAGCCGAAAUCGACAGAAAACCAAAACGAAAGAAACAAAGUAUAGAAAGCAACACCGAACUGAAACAACAACACAAAGUGAUUACAUACGUACAUAUGUAUGUACAGUUAGCAAUAAGGCAAGAUAAAAUGGAAGAAAUGCAUGCAAAAUGGAGGACAAAAAAGUUAGUAGUGAACAAACGCCUAUUGUAA